UGUGAGAAUUGACCAAUGAAAGAAGACAGCACUGUGUUGAAUCGGUAUAAAUAUGAACAAAAUCGAGAGAAUUUCAAUUCACACUGCUCAUCUUUUAGUCCAGAUUUCAAGAAAGAACUGAAAACAAAAAUGAAACUUUUGAUCUUGAUCGUCGCUUCUGUGAUGAUAAUAGGAAUCCAGGCUAAGGAUGGAUAUCCGUUGGGAAGGGAGCAAUGUACAAUCCCUUGUUUAUUCGAUAAUGACUUUUGUAAUAGAAAGUGCGUUGAACAGAAAGGAAAGUCGGGUUACUGCUAUUUUUGGAAACAGUCAUGCUAUUGCGAGGGACUUCCCGACGACAAAGUUUUUGAUCCAGCAACUAGUAAAUGUAAAGGUUAAAGUGAUGUCACAAUUGUUUUUCAGUUUGAUGCAAUUGUAGUCUUAUAAAAUAAAAUUACAUAUUUCUGCAAAUAUUAAA